AUGGCUAUUUUUGCUGUCAUGCUGAACUUCACAGAAAGCAAAAAUUUGAGCAGCACUUCUUCAUUGAAUACCAGUAAACUUUUAAAUGAGAAGCCUUUGCUGGUGCAGGUACUGGUGGCAGUCCUUCUCUAUGUAAACGGAGUGAUGAUUUUCACCUUUCUGAAGACGGAGUCCUUUAGGGAGAUCACACGCUACAUUCUGUUUGCUCAAACGCUUUUCGUUGACUCUGCUGCUAUGGUGUUAAUUGAUUUAACUCUGAUGUCGAGUUUUUACCAGUAUCCUGUACACAUAAUUCCUUGCUGUAUUUUCUGCACAAUGAUGUCUUUGCUCACUGUUUGUACUCCUGUCACUCUUGUAGGGAUGUGUCUGGAGCGCUAUGUGGCUAUAUGUAUGCCUCUAAGACACACCAGCAUUUCCAACCCCAAAAACACCUUAAUUGGGCUUCUCAUCAUAUGGGGUGUCAGUUGUGUAAUUCCACUGUUUGUUCUCUCUGUCUUUCUUUCUUAUAUGCCUCCUGGUGGCCUGAAUUCAUAUGUUGUGUGCAGUGUGGAGGUGAUGUUACGGUUAAACUGGCUGGCAGACACAAGGGCUGCAAGUCUACAGAUAUUAUUCAUCAUAAUGCUUUGUAUUAUUGUCUCCACCUACAUCAAGAUCAUGAUAGCAGCCAGAUCAGCCUCUUCUGAAAACAAGAAUUCAACCAAUAAGGGUCGCAAAACUGUGAUUCUUCAUGGCAUUCAGCUAUUAUUGUGUAUGUUGCAGCUUAUAAUCCCUUACAUUGAAAUGCCUUUAUGGAAAGCAGAUUUCAUACUGUUUGUGAAUGUAAGAUACUCAGAUUUAAUUAUUUUUGUGAUCUCGCCUCGUUGUCUGAGCCCCUUGGUUUAUGGAUUACGAGACAAAAAGUUCUGUCAUGCUCUUAAACGUUAUGCCUUUUGUGGCAUUUCCUUGCAUAUUAAUCAGCACAAAAUUAGACAUGCUUGA